AUGCCAGCUUUUAAUUACACUGCCUCUGAUUGGCCCACAUUCUCCUUCAUUAGAAUCCCUGGAUUGGUGACUGCACAUAUAUGGGUCUCAAUUCCCUUCUGUCUCCUAUACCUGGUGGCCAUUGCAGGCAAUGCUCUUCUCUUCAUUCUAGUUAGGGUAGAAAAAACUCUUCACGAACCCCAGUUUUAUUUUUUGGCUAUGCUCGCUCUUACUGACCUAGGCCUUUCCUUGACUACAAUGCCUAGUGUCAUGGCUAUCUUCUGGUUUGAUGUCCACCACAUUGGUCUGAAUGCUUGCUUGACUCAAAUGUUCUUCAUCCACACCCUCUCCUCAGUAGAAUCAGGUGUAUUGGUGGCCAUGGCUUUUGACCGUUUGGUAGCUAUUUGUGCUCCACUAAACUACACCAGGAUCCUGACCCACUGUACUGUUGUCUGCCUUAGUGGAGCUGCUCUUAUACGAGGUGCCACUCUUCUGGCCCCUCUGCCUUUUUUCCUCAAGACCUUUCCUUUUUGUGGGGCCAAUGUCCUCUCACACUCAUACUGCUAUUACCCAGAUAUGCUGAACCUGGCCUGUGGGGAUGUCACUUUCAGCAGUGUCUAUGGAUUGGUUUUUGUGCUCUGCACAUUUGCCUUGGAUGCUGUCUUCAUCUUAGUGUCUUACAUGAAGAUCUUGGGCACUAUUAUGAAGCUGGGGACCCGGGACAGAAACUGGAGAUCAUUGCAGACCUGUGCCUGUCAUCUGUGUACAGUGUUUGUGUUUUAUCUGCCCCUCAUCAGCCUGGCAGUGUUGCAUCGUUACAGCCAAGACACUUCCCCAAUUCUAUAUACGACCAUGAGCAACACCUACCUCCUCAUGACACCUCUCCUUAACCCUCUGGUCUAUAGUCUGAAAUCCCGACAAAUCCAGGGUGCCCUACGGAAGCGGUUUUGGGUGCAACGUGUCAUUGCUGGAGAAUGA